AUGAUAAGAAGACAAAAAUUGAACACUCUACCCGAUAGUGUAUUUUCAUUACAACUUGCAUGGAGAAGGAUUUCUUAUCGAGAACUUAAAGAAGCAACAAAUACGUUUAAUGAAAGCAACAUACUUGGAAGUGGAAGUUUUGGUUUGGUAUAUGGAAGGACACUUUCUGAUGGGUUAAAUGUUGCGGUGGAAGUGUUCAAUUUGCAGUUGGAAGAUGCUAGAUUAACUAGGAGCUUUGCUACAAAAAGUCGAGUACUCAGUAGCAUUCGUCAUAGGAAUUUAGUGAGAAUCAUCGGAUGUUGCAGUAAUACAGAGUUCAAAGCCUUGAUAAUGGAGUACAUGCCUAAUGGGAGUCCGGAUAAAUGGUUAUUUUCCUCCAACUAUUUCUUGGACAUUCUUAAGAGUUUAAAUAUAGCGAUUGAUGUUGCAUUAGCUUUAAAAUAUCUGCAUCAUUUUAAUACAUUCACCAUUGUACAUUGUGACUUAAAGGCUAGCAACGUUUUGCUCGAUGAAGAUAUGGUUGCCCACGUCGACGAUUUUGGAAUAGCCAAGCUCUUUGGUGAAGGGGAGUCAAUGGGUCAAACAAUGACCUUAGCAACAAUUGGAUAUAUGUCACCAGAAUAUGGAAUUGAAGGAAUAGUAUCCACUAGUAGCAAUGUCUACAGUUAUGGUAUUUUACUACUGGAGAUGUAUACGAGGAAGAAGCCAACAGAUGCAAUGUUUGGCGAAGAAAUGAUCUUGAAAAGUUGGGUUAGCCAUUCAUUAGCUGAGAAUACAAUAACUGAAGUUGUGGAUAACAAUUUGCUCGGAAAAGAAGACGAGAAUUUCUCUAGAAAGGAGCAAUGCGUCUCAUCCAUUUUGGCUUUGGCGAUCGAGUGUUUGCAUAACAUUCCUAGAGAAAGAAUAAAUAUGAGAGAAGUUGUGACUAGGCUUCGAAAGAUUAAAGCUACAUUCCUAGCAAGAUAG